CUGCGACGCGCUGAGUGCGGAGGGACGAGACGCGCUGCAUACCGACGGAGAGCCACGGGAGCAGGCUAAUUAAGCUCAAGUGGAGACUUGCGACCGGCCAGGACGCGCAGAACCCAUCUUGUUCUUUGACAAACAAACACACACACACACACACACACACACACACACACACACACACACACACUAUAAGAUAUAUUUUUUCUGUCACGUCAUUGGACAUUAUAACCUUUUCUUCACAUGCGUUUCCUCACAUAUUUUCCUUCAAGGCACUGAGAGCCAAACUAAGUGUUCGGAAUAUUUGGGGUUUUUUUCAGUGAUAAUUUUCUUCUCCUUCUUCUUCUGGCUGACAGUCAGAACAAGACAAACAGCUCUGCGCCUCUCCGGUCACCAGAAGGAAAAGUCAAGUGGAUCAAACGGAUGUGUUGGUCCAGUGACGUGUAGGAGAAGAAGAAGCGUUGGACUAUUGCUGUUGACAUUCAUCCACUGUUUUUUGGGGGGGGGGUGGUAUAACAAAAGGAAACAGAAUCCCCGCAAAGGCACCACGAAGGAGGAAUACCGAGGCUGCGAAAACAAGCAGCAAAUCAAUCACAACUCCAUCAUGGGCUGCCCCCUCUUGCGGAACGCGUUUGCUGGUUUGAUGCUGGUGUUGCUGUCGAGAGUUUCCAGUGUGCAGGGAGGAGAGUUCGGACACCUGCCGGACAACAUCACCGUGUUGGAAGGAGAAAGAGUCACUUUGAGAUGUCGGAUCGACGAGGAGGUGACCCACAAGGCCUGGCUGAACCGCUCCAACAUUCUGUUCACGGGGACGGACAAGUGGUCGCUGGACAAGCGCGUGACGCUGGCCAACAGCAACAACAGCGACUUCUCCAUCCACAUCGACGAGGUGCAGAUCACCGACGAGGGGCCCUACACCUGCAGCUUCCAGGCCAAUAACAAGCCGCGCAUCGCCCACGUCUACCUCGUCGUCCAAGUGCCGGCCAGAAUCGUCAACGUCUCAAAAAACGUGUCGGUGAACGAAGGCGAGAAUGUGAACCUCUACUGCCUGGCAGUGGGCCGCCCUGAGCCCACCGUCACCUGGAAAGACCAGAAAUAUGGGCUGGUGAGUGACGGCGAGUUCCUCGACAUCACGGAGAUCAAGAGGCAGCAGGCCGAGGACUACGAGUGCAUCACCAACAACGGAGUGGCUUCACCCGACCGGCGCAAGAUCAGGGUCACGGUCAACUAUCCUCCCUUGAUCACAGACAUGAAAAACAUGCCGGCCCAUUUGGGUAAGACCGCCAUCUUGCGUUGCGAAGCCAUGGCAGUGCCGCCAGCCUCCUUCGAUUGGUACAAAGAUGACCACAGGCCGGUGGAGAGCGACAACACCCUGCGGAUCAAAAACGAGAAGACGCGCUCGCUGCUGCUGUUCACCAACGUGACGGAGAGACACUUUGGCAACUACACCUGCUUCGCCUCAAACCGUCUGGGGGCUUCCAACGCCAGCAUGCUGCUGUUUCGACCGGGGGCCAUACAGGGCCGAGGGACCGGCCUCCAUGCAGGGAUGAGUGUCGGCGUGUCCGUCUGGGUUUCCCUCUCUGCUCUUCUUCUGCUGAAGCUGUAAAGAUCGACCUCCACUUGGAAUUGUCCCCAAACGCCGCCCGCCGCCCCCCCCCCACCUCAACCCCCAACCCCCUCUUUCUCUUUCUCUCUCUCUCUCUCCCCCUCGACGGAAGGAAGAAGGAAAUGAAAUUCUUUAAUUACGAACCCAUCACUGUGAACAAAAAGAAUAUGCAUUAUUCCAGGAGCCAUUGAAUCAUUGCAUCAAACACACAACCACAUUAUUACCCCCCCCCCCCCCACACACACCCCCACCCUCCCCUCUUCCCCGAAACCCCGACUGCCUUGAUUCAAUUUCGAGGUCAAACCAUUGUCAUCAUCUCUUCCCCUCUCUCUCUCUCUCUCUCUCUCUCUCUCUCUCUCUCUCUCUCUCUCUCUCUCUCACAGCAUGCCUUGCAGAUUUAUCUGACUCGGUACUUCCCUCUUUGCCUUUAUUUUCCCCUCAUUAUUACCACUGGGCCGAUGUUGAUAGAGAGUGUAUAUUAACAAUCAUUGUGUCGGUGAUCAAUGAGAAAGUAAAUAAUCUAACUACUGAACGAUCAUUUGUGUAAUAUACAUAGACUAAUGACUGACCUACAAUGUUUGCCUUAUGGAAAUGAUACAUCAAAUAUCAAUAUCAUGGUGGAUAUUUAUAGAAUUAUAGUAAUAAUGUGUUAAAGACGGUCAUGUGACCUUUUUUGAAAAGUGUUCAAUUGGUGGCCAUAUGGAGUUUCACACACACUCACACACGUAUGGCUUUUUGAUUUUAACUGUGUAGCAGUGAAGCUGCUAUGAAUGAUGUCAAAAUGCAUUAAAAAAGGGUGGGUGGUGACGGCUUCAGUCUUAACUUCCCCUUUAUGUAGUUCUGGGGGUUUAUACCAAGGUUUUGCAUGUAGACCCCCUCACUACCCAAACCUUUUUACCCCCCUCCUCCGCCCUUCUGUUCAACGUGCCCUGUCCAGUCGCCCUUCGCAUCGCUUUGGCGUUCUCUGCUCCGUGUCGCCCCCCCCUCCCCACCGCCUCCCUCCAUCUUCCUCCCCAGUGUAAAUAUAUGCAGUUAAGAGGCCACGCCGGCGACUUUGGGUUCGCCCCGGCGCCGAACGACAUCCCCCAUCAGCCUCGACUAUACGCUCCAGUUUUCUGAAGCAGCAAGAGACUGUCCAGUGACAACGAUAUCUUCUGUUUCAAAGCUGCGGCUCCAUCCUCUUUGUCGCUUGUUGAUAGCAUGUACCGGUUAGAGAUGUUCCUGUUGUCUCCCUUCACCCCCCCGACCCCCCUCCCUCCUUUCCUGCACUGUGUCUGUUUUACUCUGCAAGGUUACCUGCUCUUACCUUUUUGGUGUUAAUAAUAGUACAGAUGAUGAUGAUGAUGUUAAUAAGUAUUUGAAUAACUAUGAAUAGUAAUUCCAUGUGAGAAAAAAAAAGAAAAAAGAACCAAAUCUGAUGGUUAUGAGCCGUGCGUGGGAGAGAAAAAAAGAUUUUUUUUUUUUUUUACUUUACUCUGAGAAGUCACACACAUUGAACAACCACGAUGAAAAAAGAAAAAUGGACAAAAAAAGGAGAGACAUGUAAAGUUUUUUCGAAGUGACGUGGUCUAUCUUGCCAUGACGAGCUUUUUAAAAAGCAUUUGAAACCGUCUGAGGGAUUAUUUCAUCCGAGUCCGGAAGCAGUGAAUGAUGAUGUUAUUUAUAAUUUGCAACGGUUUAGGUAUUGGACUAUCUCUUUUCCAUGCUUUUUAACUGCAUCACAGAUUUACAGCAUAUGUGUCAUAGUGUGUCUCUCUCCAACCAGAUAGAUAAAUGAUUUGGAUCCAUGUCUCUGAUUGUGGCUGUAAGUCAGUUCUUGUUCGGCCCGGACCACAGGGAGGCAAAGAUGUGAUUAGCCACUACCUGUGGCUGGCUAAGUGAAGGAGUCGGGGCUCCACCUGUCCCUCCUGCCAGCCAGUGAUGGCCCCCAUAAAUCAAGCUCAUACCUGCCACUGACAGGAAUCCUCUUCAAGGUCAACCCCGCCUUGGUGCACCAAGUCCUCUCACUCCAAUGUGCAGGCAUGGGCUCUACCAGAAUCCAUGGCACAAUUAUCCAUCCACUACCCCCCCCCAGCCCGCCGCACAGCACAAACAGUGGGAGGUAAGCCCAUACUUCAACACGGUGGCACUCGUUCCUCCGCUGAAACACUGUUUCCACUCACAUGCGGCGACUAUAUGCAAAUUUGCCAUAACGAGCCUCCUCGGAGAGAUGAGUUUUCCCCCCCGCCGAACCCUGACUACCGCGACCUCACAGGGCGAGUUACUCCACGUCGAAUCAAUUGUCUGAAUGUGUUCUGUUUGAUUUUGUUUCAAACCAGCAAUAACCCCCUUACUCAACUGUGCGAGAGGUGUCAGAUGCGGUUAAAGCUGUGGUGUGAUAUCUGCAGAGGUGAUAUUAACAAGGUGUAUCAAAUAAGUCUGUCGUCAUGCUCUUUACUGUGUCCAGUACUCUGAAAUGAUUGUGUAAGUGGCCCUUAAUCUAAAACACUACAUGUCGUACUCAAAAAGUUCUCGCCCCUCUGCGAUGUGAUGGGGUUGUGUGUGUGUGUGUGUGACAGAACACACUGUUUGUGCAUGCGUCUUGUUGCUCCGGAGGUAAUGACGGAUUCAAUGUCAAGCGCAAGAGCAGGUUGUUUGGUCGGUGCUUCUUUGUUCUGUCUCAGUCUCUUUUUCAUCUUCUCAGUAUCUCAGUCUUUCAUGCUGUCUUUUUUUUCUGUUUCCCAACUUAAACACUGUACACUGUUCCAUGUCGGCGUCCCACUGGGUUUGUCAGUGGCAUAUAACAUCUCUAUGUACAUAACCUGUCCUUGAUGAAGUGAAAAAGAAGAAAAAGAUAGAAGAAAACAUA